UUUGAGACAGAGGCAGCAGACAAGUGGGUUUGGGAUUUCACUGAGGCGGGGUGUUACCGGACCAAUGUGCUUCAGCUUUACUGCUUAGUCCAUCAGCUGAACGUCACCCGCUGAUUCAGAGUUUUUGAGUUGGUGUAUCAAAAUGGAUGGUGAGAGUGAAGCCAAAGGUAAGCUAAGUGACCAGGCGAUGCAGAAUCCACAGGCACUGGCAGCUCUUCAGGACAAAGUAGACAGUGUCUCACAUAGUGCUUCCAUCAUGGCGAGUUUACCCAAGUCUGUGAAAAGAAGAGUAAAUGCCUUACGAAAUCUUCAGGUCAAAAGCACACACAUUGAAGCAAAGUUUUACAAGGAGGUGCAUGAGCUGGAGAGAAAGUAUGCAGCUCUCUAUCAGCCGUUAUUUGACAAAAGAAGCGACACUGUUUCUGGCAGAGUGGAACCCACAGAUGAGGAGUGUGAAUGGCAGAGUGACCAUGAGGACGAAGAAGCAUUAGCAGAAGAUCUGAAGACGAAGGCUGUUGUAGAGGAGAAAACGGAGGAUGCUAAUAAGGAAAACCCCACUGGAAUUCCAGAGUUCUGGCUUACAAUAUUCCGAAGUGUGGACAUGUUGAGUGAUAUGCUGCAGGAACAUGAUGAACCAAUACUUAAACAUCUACAAGAUAUAAAAGUAAUAUUUUCUGGACCCGAUCAGCCCAUGAGCUUUACAUUAGAGUUUCAUUUUGAACCCAAUGAAUACUUCACCAACACAGUCCUCACUAAAGUAUAUAAGAUGAAGUCAGAGCCAGACGCGGAUGACCCGUUUUCUUUUGAGGGACCAGAAAUCAUCGACUGUGAGGGGUGUGAUAUUGACUGGCAUAAAGGCAAAGAUGUGACGGUAAAAACAAUCAAGAAGAAGCAGAAACAUAAAGGCAGGGGGACAGCGAGGGUCAUCACUAAACAAGUCCCCAAUGACUCCUUUUUUAACUUUUUCAACCCUAUUAAAGUUUCACCAGAUAAAGAAUUGGACGAGGACUCGGAGUACACCCUAGCCACUGAUUUUGAAAUUGGACAUUUCUUCAGGGAAAGAAUUGUGCCGAGAGCAGUUCUGUAUUUUACAGGAGAAGCUCUGGACGAUGAUGAUAGCUUUGAGGAGGAGGAACUGGAUGAGGACGAAGAGGAGGACCAAGAAGAGGAUGAUGAGGAUGAUGAAGAAGAAGAGGGGAAAUCUAAACCUAAGGCAUAAGUCAUUCUCACCUCAUACAUUUCUAGACUGAGGAGCCUCAGCCUGCAGAGUGCAAACAACAGUAGCUUGAACUACUCACUCAUGCCACUGUCAAAAAUCUGCAUCAGCUCGCCUAGAAGUUUCUACAAAGCACACCGUUCUCUCUGAAGAACCAUGAUGAUGCAGUAUAUUGGAAUUAAACCAAGCUUUUUUUCUUUAAAUAUUGUUUACUUACUUCAAAACUUAACUGCAUUAGAACAUCACCACUAUAAAUUGGGCAAUUCCACACCACAAUCGGCAUCAGAAUGUAGAUAUAAAUAAAAGUAAAAACAAAACUAUUUUUAAUUCCUGUUUUAAACAUGUACUUUGGAGUGCAGACAUACUAACCAUGGCGGCUGGUGACUUCUUUUUUGUGGGCGCUCAAUGCGUAGUUCGUCACAACGUGUAUUUAGCCCAUCAUGUGUGUGGUUCUUAAUUUCAAAAUAGUUCUGUGCGUCAAGUGUGUGUAUGUGCAUCACGUGUCUUGUCAAAAUAAGUGCCUGCCGCAGACACGUGACGUCUAAAGGGUUUAUGAAAAGAGACGCUUGCGUUUGCCAGAUACUGCCAUAAUCUCAUGCUUAAUCAGAGUUUACUGUUAAGGGAGUGUCUUGCGUGUAUUUUGUGAAUGUGAGCGUCUCUUUUAUCAUAAACGGUUUUGACACGUGUGCAGCAGGUACUUAUUUUGACAAAACACGUGAUGCACAUGGUUCACAUGACGCAACAAACAUAUUUUAAAAAACGCAAGCAAUACACAUGACACUCAGAACACAUAUUUUGAAUUUGCGCCCCCUCCUGGAUGAGCAGUCACAAGCCGCCACUUGUUUAGGACAUGCCAUUGCGCCAUAGAGAAUGCACAGACAAAAACAUUACUUACAUAUUUGACAUUUUGUUUCACUUGCAAACGUAGUCUAUUUAAAAACAUUUUUGAGCAGGUUGAUUUUUAACUCAAGGUCAAUGAGACUGUAUUCUGACAUGUGCACACCUAACCUAACCUUUUUCAAGGUUGUUUGUGUAUACAAAUGGGUUCUUUUCUCGCAGGCAUGGUCAUUUUUACGCAGCAUAUUUAUUUUCUUAUUUGUUAGGUUUUUACAUGACAUCAUUACUUAUUUAACUUAUUGAACUUAUUUAUGAAAGUGGACAGUUGUGAGCUAGCUAGCCAAACAUACCAGUGUAUCGAUGAUACUCCACAGGUAACCGGUUACUAACUGCUUAACUAAUUGUGAUUAAUCAAAGCAGACCUUUUUACUGUAUUCGUUUGGCAUUUCCUUCUUGAGUUGAUUUGCAACAUUUUCAAAAUCUCUGCACUCCACAUUUUAAACAAACUCACUUUUACUUACAGUAUGUAUAUAUGUAAUUUAAUAUGCGUCUAUAACGCUGGAAUUGCUCAAUUUAGAAAUAAAAAAUUAUAGGCAAUAGGGCAACAGUCCACUGCCAUUAUGAUUCUGAAAGUCACACAUUUUAUGCGAUCACAUCCCCAAGGCUGUUUUUAUUUUGAGAUCCAUCAUCACAUCCCAAAGUUGACUGUAGUUCAUUUAUUUAAUGACUUGAUCUCAUGGGUUACUCAGGGUUUUUUAUGCCAAGAUGACAGUGUGCGAGUGUCCAGCAUUUUGAAACUGUUGAUAUAAAAUCUAACCUGAUUAAUGUCCUAUACUUGUCUUGAAAGUUAGUCUUUUAAAAUAUAGUUUUACCUAACUUGGAUUUAUUUAUAUGAAUCCUUUCUUUUUUGUUUUUAUUUGUUGUGAAGUGUGUGUUGGUUUCGUGCUGCUCAAUGGAUCCCAAAAGAUAUGUUUUGCUGAUAUAUGUAUUAUACCUAGUUGAUUAUAGCCCUUUUUUUUAGCAUUUUUUAAAUGUCUUUGCUGUACUGCCCAAGCACUUACUAAAAAAGAAAUAUUAAACAUGUUAUUGCCAAAGAGAGUAAACUAAUUUCCAUUUGCAACAACUA